GUUGGUCAAGGUGUGUGUUUCAGGGUCUUUCUGAGUGUGAGCCUGAGAAUCCUUGAGAUUAUCUCCUUCUACAGCCGUUCAAAGGAAAGGCCAUGGCCAUGGCUGCUUUCCUAGUAGUUUUUGUGCAAUUGGCUCUACUGCCAUCAGCUUUUGGGGGUGCAUAUUAUGGACACAAACCACAUCCCCAACAGCACCAACCCUUACCACAGAUGCCUCACAUGGGCAUGGGAAAGGAUAUGCCACACAUGCCAUAUCCACACUACAGAAAAGACUUACCAAUGCACCUAAACAAAGGCAAAGAUACCAAAGCUAUGAACAAAGGUGAGACCAUACCCAGAGGUGAGCAGGGUGUUCAGGGAGAGACUGGACCUCAAGGGCCCCCUGGUCCACCUGGGCCCCAAGGUCCUCCUGGGCCUCAAGGUAAUGGUAUGCAAGGCCCUCCUGGAAAGCCAGGACCUCCUGGUCCUCCAGGAUUCCCUGGAGUUGGUAAGCCAGGAAUGCCAGGUAUGCCUGGGAAGCCAGGAGGUAUUGGGCAGCCUGGACAGCAAGGUGAACAGGGACCCAGAGGUGAAGAGGGACAACCAGGCAUGACUGGGCCACCCGGCCCUCCUGGACCCCCAGGACUGCCAGGAAUAGGAAAGCCUGGUGGACAAGGAUUACCAGGACAGCCAGGGGGUAAAGGAGAUCCAGGACAUAAAGGUUUUCCUGGUCUCCCAGGUUUACCUGGGCCUAAAGGAGACAGAGGAAUUGGACAACCAGGCCCACUAGGGCCCAAAGGGCCAGCUGGACCACCUGGGCUCCCAGGGCAGGCAGGAUUACCUGGUGUGGGUAAGCCUGGUCUUCCUGGUAUACAAGGUCCACCUGGUGUGCCAGGGAAACCUGGACAGCCUGGGGAGCCAGGUCCAGAGGGUCCACCUGGUGGACAGGGCCUACAGGGACCACAAGGGGCCCCUGGCAUUGGAAGUCCAGGAGAAGGUGGAUUACCAGGCCAGCCAGGGGCACCUGGCCACAAAGGAUUACAAGGACCACCAGGAUUACCUGGGAAACCUGGAUUACCUGGAUUUGGCAAACCUGGAUACCCUGGCCCAAAGGGUGACAAAGGGAUGGGAGGGCUUCCUGGUGCUCAAGGACCAAAAGGAGACAAAGGUUAUGGUGGUCAACCAGGCAUGAUGGGUCCACCUGGUCAAACUGGUCCUCCAGGCCCUCCUGGACCAAUGGGGGCACCAGGUGGAAUUGGUUCCCCAGGGCUAAAAGGAGAAGGAGGUGCAGAAGGAGCCAAGGGAGACCCGGGGCCUAUGGGGCAACCAGGUCCUCCAGGAUUUCCUGGCCAACCGGGCCUCCAAGGUGGAGAUGGAGAACCUGGGCCAAGAGGAACACCAGGACCCAUAGGUCCCAAAGGAGAAGCAGGAAUCAAUGGUCUACCUGGUUCCCCAGGUCCAUCUGGCCUUCCUGGUCUUAAAGGAGAACUUGGUCAGCCUGGCCCAGAAGGACCACAGGGUCCUAAAGGCAUUCCAGGACUUGCAGGGCCAGGAGGACCAAUUGGGCCUUCUGGACCUCCCGGGCCAAAGGGAGAAGUUGGUCCACCAGGUCAAGCUGGCCCACCCGGUGAAGGGAGCCCCGGAAUCCCUGGUCCUGUUGGUCCUGCAGGUCCACCUGGCCCAAAUGGAAAUCCAGGUCAGCCAGGAAUCCCAGGUCCACCGGGACCUCCUGGACCCCCAGGCCCCCCUCCUUCCCCUGACCUGAUGGGUGUUCUUCCUGAGAUGGGCCCUGCCCUUGAUGGUAUGAAAACUGGUGGGUACAAGAAAGGGAAGUAUGCUGGUGGGGGUGAUAUGAUGGGUGCCAGUGGUCUGGAGAUGCCUGCUUUCACUGCCCAGCUGACCACACCAUUUCCUCCAGUUGGCACGCCAAUAGUUCUUGACAAACUACUAUAUAAUGGGCGUCAGAAUUACAACCCUCAGACCGGUGUGUUCACCUGUGACCUACCAGGCAUCUACUACUUUGCCUAUCAUCUGCACUGCAAGGGUGCCAAUGUAUGGGUUGGGCUCUACAGGAAUGGGGAGCCACUUAUGUAUACAUAUGAUGAAUACAAGAAGGGAUUCCUGGAUCAAGCAUCUGGGAGUGCUGUGAUUCCAUUACAACCAGGAGACACAGUUUAUUUACAGUUACCAUCUGACCAGGCAGCUGGAUUUUAUGCAGGACAGUAUGUCCAUUCCUCCUUCUCUGGCUUUUUACUGUACCCAAUGUAGAUCGCAAGAAUAAGUAAGAGAAUUUGAAGGAGAGAGGGAAGAAAGAACUGACAUUAAAAUGUUUGACUUAAAAAUGUCAAUAUUUUUAGGUACAUUCUCACAGGGAAUAAAGAAGACUCAGAAACAGCCCUUUUAAACUCAACCCAACAAUAUCAAUCUACAGAAUGUAUGAGUAUAUGCAAUGUUAAAUUACAGAGUACUGUGUCUAUAAAGAUACAACCUGCACAAAGACUCUCACAGAUUGUAAUAAGAAACUUUAAUUCAACACCACAUUUAAACAGAUUUUUGAAAAGAUUGUUUUUUGUAAUGUAUUUAAGUAUUUGUUUAAUUGAUGGUAUCCAACAUGAGUAUACAUGCUUUAAAAUGUUUAGAACACUAUUUUUAUGUCAUUGUGACAUUUGCAUGAUAAGUAAUGUAUUCACUUUAAAUGAGAUGAGAAGCCAUUCAAUUUGUCAAAAAUAUCACAUCAUAUUUGUCUUUCUUCAUCAAUGAUUUAAAAAAAACGUUAAAGUUUUUGCACACUUCUAAUAUUGUAACACAUGCGCUGUGUGAACUGCAACCAAAUUACAAAUUUGUUUGUAUGAAUGUGUGUGUGUGUGUGUGUGUGUGUGUGUGUGUGUGUGUGUGUGUGUGUGUGUGUGUACGAGAGAUAAUGUGUGCUAGAUUUUAUUUUAUCCCCCCCCUCCCAAAAAAGAUUAUUUUUAAACUAUAAAUACUAACUUGUCUGAAAACCACUUCUGUAGUGAACUGUCAAAAUGACAGUAAAAUGACAGUUUUGUCAUAAAAAUUACAGUUAAGUCUCACUAUCAUGAAUCAUAUUUCAUAUCCCUUUUUUUUCUUUUCACUCAACUCUGAAUUCAACUGCUGGCUUUUCACCUGAAAUUUACCUGUUUUUUUUCUUUUGACUACUGAUUGUGUAAUAACCUUUGUUUUUAUACGUUGGUCACUUCAAACAACGGUGCUAAAAUUGUCGAAUCCAGUGACCCCCUCCCCUCACUUUGUUGGUGACUUUUUCUUUG